AUGCAGACCAUUCCCAGUCUGGUGGGAACUGGGGUCCAGCGCGCCUAUUCUAUCGCCCAGGACCGCGACAGCCCGCUCUUCGGCACCAAACAAGCUCGUCAAGCGAACGCCAGACAAAACACCUUCGAGACCAUCUACACGGCGUUCACUAUCCCGAACCCUCAGCUCGGCCGGGAACUGGGUCACCAGGACACCAGGAAGCUUGCGAAGGCCUACACGUGA